CGCUGGGGCUUGAGUGUUUGUGUUUUGGUUUCGUGAGGGAGCCCGCGGCUGGCGUGAGGGGAGGAGGCCGUGGAGGGAGGUGGAGGAGGAGGAGGAGGAGGAAGAACUAGUCUAGACUCGGCAGUCGCGCCCGCGGCUGCGGCGGUGACGGCGGAGGAGGGGAAAGGAAGGAGGAAGGCGGAGCGGAGAGAGGCGGAGACGGAGCCCGGCAGGGGCGGCACCGCGGCUCGAGCCCCGCCGCGUCCAGUGUGAGGCGAGAGGCGCCGGGAGGAGACGCCACCGCCACCGCCACCGCCGCUCGGGCCUCGUCCGUCCUCCGGGCCACGCCGGGGCUUCGCUCCCGGGACGCUUCGGCCCCGCACAGGUUUCUUUACCUUCAGAAAGAAAAAAAUUGAUACCUUGCAUCCUGGAAGUUCAUUUAGCACUGUGAAAUUAGGGACUUCUUCCAAAUUUGGAUAUGGCUAAUCGAGGAGCAACAAGACCCAAUGGGCCAAAUACUGGAAAUAAAAUAUGCCAGUUCAAACUAGUACUUCUGGGAGAAUCUGCUGUUGGCAAAUCAAGCCUCGUGCUACGUUUUGUGAAAGGCCAAUUUCAUGAAUUUCAAGAGAGUACCAUUGGGGCUGCUUUUCUAACCCAAACUGUGUGUCUUGAUGACACAACAGUAAAGUUUGAAAUAUGGGAUACAGCUGGUCAAGAGAGAUACCAUAGCCUAGCACCAAUGUACUACAGAGGAGCACAAGCAGCCAUAGUUGUGUAUGAUAUCACAAAUGAGGAGUCUUUUGCAAGAGCAAAAAACUGGGUUAAAGAACUUCAGAGGCAAGCAAGUCCUAACAUUGUAAUAGCCUUAUCAGGAAACAAGGCUGAUCUAGCAAACAAAAGAGCUGUAGAUUUCCAGGAAGCACAGUCUUAUGCAGAUGACAACAGCUUAUUAUUCAUGGAGACGUCAGCUAAAACAUCAAUGAAUGUAAAUGAAAUAUUCAUGGCAAUAGCUAAAAAGCUACCAAAGAAUGAACCACAGAAUCCAGGAGCAAAUUCUGCUAGAGGAAGAGGAGUGGACCUUACCGAACCAACACAGCCAACCAGGAGUCAGUGUUGUAGUAACUAAACCUCCAGUUUGAACUAGCUGGAAUUUUCUGCUUCCUAAAUGUUAAUAACAGUGGAAUUGGAGCAUUUAGCCGGCCCAGUAUGACUUCCAAAAAGAAGAGACUUAUGAUAGAUGUCAAGUUUCUAAUACAGGAUUAUUUUAA